GAAUUUUUCAAAAUUGUUGUUUCUAAAAACUCGAACCUUCAACCUUUGCAAAGAUGUUCACAAUUUAACCACCAUGGAAUCGCCAGUCUGCACUUCACUGUCGACUCUCAGCGAGAUGUCGCUCCAAUCUCUGGGAAUUGGAGUAGCUGGAAAGGGCCAAGCCAUGUUGAAAAGCGAAACGGAAAUCGAUGCCCACGACUGGCAGUUGCUUCUCCACUCGAUCCAGUCGCAUAUUCGCAAAAAAUCCGAUCUCUUGAUAGCUGUCACCCACUUUCUGAUCACCAAGGAGUACCGCCUGCGUUGCGCCAUCAAUUAUUCAGCAUCCGACGGAAGGCAGUUGGCUGGAGGAUGUGGAACUGUGUGUGAGCAGCUGCCCGAUCACUGGAAUCGAGAUGCCGAUCGAUACACUCUGAACUACACGGAUGGUCUGGCCGGUCAGUAUAUCCUUAUGGCCAAACUGAGUCGCAGGGAUCUUGUGAUCAGUCUGCAGAACUCGACCAGCAAACGAAUGGCCAUCGUCUGUCUGCAGCCGGAGCAUCUCGUGAAUUCCACCUGUAAGUCAUCGAUGGACAAGUGCAUUCCGCGGCUGGACAAGUUCAUAAAGAGACUGCGUGCCGAACUGGUGGAUCCGGCGGUGCGGGGCACCAAAAGAUUGGCCGAGAUUGGACCGGCCUUUAAUAGGAAAAUUUGGAAAAGGGAGCUACCUGUACGAAAUUCUGGCACUUCUAGAGUGGCCUUCAACAUCGUCGAAAGCACCCAUUCGCUGGAGUCUUAAAAGAUGCAGAGCACACCAUGCAAUACAAACAAAUAUAAAAUUAUUAGCCUAG